GAGGACGGAAUCUGACGACGAAAACCAGAACACUAUUGCACGUAAUUCCGAUUCUGUAUCUUAAAAAGGACAAAAAUUUAUAAAAAGAUACCGAAAAGGAAACUAACCCACAUAUACCCCUGAAUUCACGUCGUGCUGCAGCCUGCAAAGCAGCAGCUGAUUAGAUUUAGAAGAACGAGCGGAAGGAAAAAGGAGACUCAGCAGCAAGGGGACAAAAGCCAACCGAGAGACAGAACCAAGGGGGCACUAAGCGGUGAAUGAAAAGAUUAUUUCUUUGGAUUGAAAAGGGUUUCAGAGGAGAAAGAUAGGUGAGAAAGACCGAGGAGAGAGCGUGACAGAAGAGAGGGAUAGGUGAAGAGUGAAGGGCUGAGAUGAGUUCGAAGAAGGCGGAAAGCGCUUCAUCAGGUGCAGCUCCAGCAAUUCGGCGCGACCCGUAUGAGGUUUUAUCUGUUUCAAGGGAUUCUACCGAUCAAGAAAUCAAAACCGCGUACAGGAAACUUGCUCUGAAGUAUCAUCCGGACAAGAAUGCCAACAAUCCGGAAGCUUCAGAACUUUUCAAGGAGGUUGCGUAUUCCUACAGUAUCUUAUCUGACCCAGAGAAGAGAAGACAGUAUGACAGUGCAGGAUUUGAGGCUCUAGAUGCAGAAAGUAUGGACAUGGAAAUUGAUUUGUCAAACCUUGGAACAGUCAAUACAGUGUUUGCUGCAUUAUUCAGCAAGCUUGGCGUUCCUAUUAAAACAACAAUUUCUGCUAAUGUACUCGAAGAAGCUCUGAAUGGGACUGUUACAAUCAGACCCCUUCCAAUGGGCACAUCAGUCAGCGGAAAGGUAGAAAAACAAUGUGCACACUUCUUCGGUGUAACCAUAAGCGAGCAACAAGCUGAAUCAGGGAUUGUUGUGAGGGUUUCUUCAAGUGCACAGAGCAAAUUUAAGUUGCUUUAUUUUGAACAAGACGUGAAUGGUGGCUAUGGUUUAGCGCUACAGUAUUAUAUCUUUUUGCUUCUGCAGGAAGAUAGUGAGAAAACAGGCAAGGUGACAUCUGCUGGCAUGUAUUUCUUGCAUUUUCAAGUUUACAGAAUGGAUUCAACAGUGAAUGCGUUAGCAAUUGCUAAGGAUCCCGAUGCCGCAUUUUUUAAGAGGUUGGAAGGUCUACAACCUUGUGAGGUUUCGGAACUCAAAGCUGGCACUCAUAUAUUUGCUGUUUACGGAGACAAUUUUUUCAAGACGGCUACAUAUACAAUUGAAGCACUUUGUGCAAAAUCAUAUGAAGAUACAACAGAAAGGCUCAAGGAAAUAGAGACCCAGAUUUUAAGAAAAAGAAAUGAUCUACGUCAGUUUGAGACUGAAUAUAGGAAGGCCUUGGCACGGUUUCAGGAAGUAACCAACAAAUACACUCAAGAAAAGCAAGCUGUCGAUGAGCUGCUAAAACAGAGAGAUACCAUUCACUCGUCAUUUACAGUCAACAGAUCGGUUAGUAAUAUUAGCAACGGAAGCUCGAGCAGAGUUGUUGGCGACGAUAUGAGAUGUGAGAGCCCAGGGCAUGGGGAAGAAGGUGGUUCCGACGGUAAAGAUAAAGCAUCUAAAAAGAAAUGGUUCAACUUGAACCUGAAAUCUGAUAAGAAGUUGUGAGAGGGAAAAAAGAGUCAGCCAUAUCAGGUUUGUUUUGGUGUUGAACUUAAAAGAGGCUUGAAUGAAUGGCCGCCAUGUUUGGGGUCGUAAGCUUUGGCCCCUCUGGUUCCCACCAAGUAAAAGGCUCAUGCCUCAUGCCUCAUUUGUUUAGUUCAAAACUUCCCCCCUUUCCCUUUUUUUUACCUUCCAUUGUCUUCCUUUUUGAAAAGGUGGUGUAUAAUUGGAUUUCAUAAUUGUGUUUGCGAGGGUAAGUUUCACUGUUAGAAAGGCAAUUUGUAUGUAUUAUGAUUCCAAUUUGUUUAUUUUUAAUCUUCUAUUUUGACAUUUUGAAGUGGGCUUAUAGCCUUCUGGUCUCUGUUGUAAACAAAUUUGUAGAUCAAUUCCCUUUUAGUUGAUUGCAUAAACCCUCAGGUGCUUUUGUUUCUAUUCCCCUUCAAAGGUUUGAGUUUGUGCUGCAUA